AUGAACGUGCUUGAUGCGAUUUCUAAACGCAAAACAAUCAGAGAUUAUGAACAAGGUUGGAAAUGUCCGAAAGAGCACCUAGAAACCAUUGCUGAAUUGGCUCUUUUAGCUCCUUCAACGUGCAAUUUUCAAAGCAUUGAUCUCUUGGUCAUUACAAAUCAAGAGAUUUUAGAUAAAAUCGGAAGUGUAGGAUUAGAGACAAUGCCCGAUGUAUUGCAACAACAAUUUUUGCUGAGAAAAGAUAAAGGAUAUAAAAAUGUCAUCACGUGCGAUGCUCCUGUUCUUUUCAUCCUCGUUAAAAAUGAGAGAGCAGAUCCACACUUCUACCAACUCGAUGCAGGAAUCAUGGUUGAAUCAAUCUUAUUAGCUUCUUUGAAUUAUGGAUAUGGAACAAUGUGCAUCAGCGCAUUAGCAUUUGCAGAUCUUGAAAAUAUAAUUGGUGUUCCAAAAGAUAAAUUCGCAAUGGCAAUUGCUAUGGGCAAGCCAGCAGCGAGCGCAGCUACUUACGAAAAAGAAAUUCUUUGCAAGGCAUCAUUUAUAGAAUGA